GCUCGUGGCACGGAUUACGACAUGGACUUCACCCUGCUGGUGCCGGCCCUGAAGCUGCACGACCGGAACCAGCCGGUCACCCUGGACAUGCGCCACUCCGCCUUGUGUCAUUCCUGGCUGAGCUUGCGUCUCUUUGACGAAGGGACCAUCAGCAAGUGGAAAGACUGCUGCACCAUCGUUGACCACCUCAACGGGGCCACCAACUACUUCUUCUCCCCCACCCGGGUUGCCGAGUGGUUCUACGAGUCCAUCAGCGUGGUCCUCUCUGAGAUCCAGAAGAAGCCCCAGCGGGGGAUGCCCAAGGUGGAGAAGGUGGAGAAGAACGGCACCCUCAUCUCCAUCAUUUUGCGGGUGGGCAGCAGCCGCAUGCUGUACGACAUCGUGCCCGUGGUGUCCUUCAAGGGCUGGCCGGCCGUGGCCCAGAGCUGGCUGAUGGAGAACCACUUCUGGGAUGGGAAGAUCACGGAGGAGGAGGUCAUCAGCGGCUUCUACCUGGUCCCGGCGUGCUCGUACAAGGGCCGGAAGGAGAACGAGUGGCGCCUGUCCUUCGCCCGCAGCGAGGUGCAGCUGAAGAAGUGCAUCUCCAGCAGCCUCAUGCAAGCCUACCAGGCCUGCAAGGCCAUUAUCAUCAAGCUGCUCUCGCGCCCCAAGGCCGUCAGCCCCUACCACCUGCGCAGCGUCAUGCUCUGGGCCUGCGACCGGCUGCCCGCCAGCUACCUGCUGCAGGAGGAUUACGCUGCCCACUUCCUGCUGGGCCUGAUCGACGACCUGCAGCACUGCCUGGUGAACAAGACCUGCCCCAACUACUUCAUCCCCCAGUGCAACAUGCUGGAGCACCUCGCCGAGGAGACCGUCAUGCUGCAUGCUCGGAAGCUGUCCUCGGUGCGCUCCGACCCCGCCGAGCACCUCCAGACGGCCAUCGAACACGUCAAGGCAGCCAACCGGCUGACGCUGGAGCUGCAGCGGAGGGGCAGCGCCACCAGUAUCCCCUCCCCCCAGUCAGACGGAGGGGACCCCAACCAGCCCGAUGACCGGCUGGCCAAAAAGCUGCAGCAGCUGGUGACUGAGAACCCGGGAAAGUCCAUUUCGGUCUUCAUCAACCCUGACGACGUCACGCGGCCGCACUUCAGAAUUGACGACAAAUUCUUCUGAGGCUCCCUCUGUCCCCUCCGGGGCCUCCUGCCCCACCUCAGGCCAUGGGAUCCGGGGUUCACCGGGGUCUCUUUACUUCGUCAACAUAUCAGGCCUGCGGGGGCGGGGGGGCGGGGGGGGGUAGGCUGCAGCAGGGUCCUGCGGUCCUGGGCUUGAAUUUGCUGCUACUUGGGCAUGGAGGCUGGCCUUCCAGCGUUCUCCCAGGCCGCCUUGACGGUAUGCGCACCUGGCCGCCUCCUUCAGCAA